UAAUGUGGGUGUGAUCCAAAAUCACCCAAAAAGAUUAUUGGAAUUUAUGGGAAAUUUGAAAAACAAUCUUUUGUUUAAUUGACAAAGAUCAGAUCUUCAAUCUGCAAUAUUUUGCUUUUUCCAGGCUACAACUUCAAUGCCAAGCCCAACUGAGUCUCUUUGGUUUCACUAGUAACUUUCGUCGAACGGUUGAGGGACAUAAAUUUCGCAUCUCUAAGAAAAGGUAAAAAAUCACACACCAAACCAUCAGUCUAGCCCCCUGUGGCACUGCCGCGCAGCCGGCGCCGGACCUGCCUCUUCAGUCGCUCACCAAACCAUCGGUCUAGCACGAACCCACCAAAUACUAGACGCAACCCCACCGGCUCGGGUAGUCGGGUCACUUGGAAAGCUCUUUGUUUUUGGAGUCAGUCGGGCCACUGUCAAUGCUCGCUUUAUGAACAACUGUCUCAGUGCCUUAUUUUCAAGGAAUAGCAGUGUAGCCCAACAGUCAUCCAAGCCUGCCGGAGUUUUCGUCGGAGCAGCCUUCUUUCGGAUUGCUAAUCUGGCAAUAGCGUCCCUCAAUCAGUCAAGGAGUAGUAGGAGAGUGAUGGUCCACUGUUGAUCUUGACCAGCUACUCUAUCUCUAAAAUUAUUACUUUGAUUAGCAAAUAUAAUUACAUACAAAUAUUGUUUUUAUUUUCUAUUUUUAAUUGUCUUGUGUCUCUCUCGUCAACUGAGGAAACUGGAGGGGGAACCAGAGAGAGAGAGAGAGGGAGAGAGUAGGUAGAGAGAGAGGAUGCGCUGAAAAUUCACACAGGUCGGUAAGCAACAACGACAACUUGAAGGAGAAGAAGAAUUCAACUUACUUGUGAUUGAGGUAAGUGCUGGGUUUUAUUUUAGGGGCGUAGAGAGAGCAAGAGGAGUUGAAACAGAGAGAGGAGGCGAAACAGAGAAUGUGUGGAUCAGAGAAUCAAUGUCCAUGAGCCAUGGUUGAUCGGCAAAGCGUAGUAACGCUUACUUUUCUGUUGAUGCUCUUAUUCGGGUCCACAUUUGAGCAGCAAACGGAGACACUGAGUUCCCGCUCCGAGCGAGCGGCUCUGCUGGAGCUCAGAUCUUCGUUAGGGUUAAGAAGCAGGGACUGGCCUAUAAAGGCAGACCCAUGCUCGAUUUGGAGCGGUAUUCAAUGCCAAAAUGGCAGCGUUGUUGGGAUUAACAUCUCCGGAUUUCGAAGGACGAGGAUUGGUAAACAAAAUCCACAAUUCGCGGUCGAUGCACUUGUCAAUCUCACUCGGCUUGUCUCUUUUAACGCUUCAAGGUUCUUGCUUCCUGGUUCAAUCCCUGACUGGUUCGGGCAGCGGCUCUUGUCGCUGCAGGUGCUUGAUCUUCGGUCGUGCUCGAUAAGAGAUGCUAUUCCAUGGAGUAUGGGCAACAUGACUAAUUUGACUACUAUGGUACUGGCUCAGAAUACCUUGACGGGUUUAGUUCCUUCGACUUUGGGGCAAUUGUUGGGCCUUUCGGUUCUUGAUUUUUCGCAGAAUUCACUCACUGGAUCUAUUCCGGAGUCAUUUGGGUCUCUUGCGAACUUGACAGUACUUGAUAUGUCCAAUAAUUUCUUAUCUGGGUCGAUUCCUCCUGGCAUUGGUACCCUUUCCAAGCUUCAGUACUUGAAUCUUUCUGGCAACAGUCUAUCCUCUUCCAUACCUUCUCAACUUGGCGACCUAGAUAGUUUGGUUGACCUUGAUCUCAGCUCGAACACGUUGAGUGGUUCUGUGCCGCCUGACUUAAGAGCUUUAAGGAACUUGCAGAAAAUGCUUAUUGGGGACAAUUUUCUUAGUGGGUCUUUGCCAGCCAAUUUGUUUCCUGCUCCAAGCCAGUUGCAGAGUGUAGUUCUGAGGGACAACAAUUUCACUGAUGCUCUACCUGAGAUGCUGUGGGCAAUGCCUACAUUGCGGAUUCUUGAUAUCUCAGGCAAUAAUUUUACUGGUGUUCUUCCCAACUCUAGCUUGAAUGCCAAUGCAACUGCUGUACAAUGUAAUAUUUCAGGGAAUAUGUUUUAUGGAGUACUCAAACCUCUUCUUAGAAGAUGCAGUUUUGCUGAUUUAUCUGGGAAUUACUUUGAAGGCAGGAUCCCGGAUUAUCUGCGUGCUAAUACAUCUUUUGUCAGCAAUUGCCUCCAAAAUAUCUCGAGGCAGAGGACAUUGGAGGACUGUGCAUCAUUCUAUGCUGCUAGGGGCCUGACUUUUGAUAACUUUGGAUUACCAAAUUCCACACAACCUCGUGGUGAACCAACUUCUAACAGAAAUUUAAUUAUAUUGGCAAGUGUUCUUGGAGGAUUUGGGCUCAUCGUUCUCCUUGUGGUGCUAUUAUUGCUGUUUCUGUGCAUCCGGAAGAGGAAUGGUUCUACGAGUCAAAGAGGUGUUGGUGUAGGACCAGUUCCUACUGAGACUACUCCUCCAGCCCCAGGAGCAUCGAUUAACUUAUCCAGUUUGGGAGAUGGAUUUACGUAUCAGCAGCUACUUCAAGUUACAGCUGACUUCAGUGACACAAAUCUCAUUAAACAUGGCCACUCGGGGGAUCUUUUCCAGGGGGUUUUGGAGAAUGGAAUUUCUGUAGUCAUAAAAAGAAUCGACUUACAGUCCAUUAAGAAGGAAUCGUACCUAGUGGAACUAGACUUCUUUAGUAAGGUUUCACAUACGAGAUUUGUUCCCCUAUUUGGACACUGCUUAGAGACUGAAAAUGAGAAGUUCCUGGUAUACAAGUACAUGCCAAAUGGUGAUUUGUCAAGUUCCUUAUACAGGAAAUCCAAUUCGGACGAUGAUAGUUUACAGUCGUUGGAUUGGAUAACAAGAUUAAAAAUAGCUUCGGGGGCAGCUGAGGGUCUAUCUUAUCUGCAUCAUGAAUGCACACCGCCUCUCGUGCACAGAGAUGUUCAAGCAAGUAGUAUACUUCUGGAUGAUAAAUUUGAAGUGCGACUAGGGAGCCUGAGUGAGCUUUGUGUUCAAGAAGGGGAGACUCAGCAAAGCAAAAUCACCAGGUUGCUGCGGUUGCCUCAGUCUUCUGAACAAGGUGCUUCAGGUUCAAUCACUGCAACAUGUGCCUAUGAUGUUUACUGCUUUGGAAAGGUAUUGCUUGAGCUUGUAACCGGUAAGCUCGGAAUCAGUGCAUCCAAUGAUACCCAAAUGAAGGAAUGGUUGGAACAAACACUACCAUCCAUAAGUAUAUAUGACAAGGAACAAGUGACAAAAAUUGUGGAUCCAUCUUUAAUUAUCGACGAGGAUCUCUUAGAGGAGGUGUGGGCCAUGGCCAUUGUCGCCAAGUCUUGUCUCAAUCCGAAGCCUUCAAGGCGUCCCCUCAUGAGAUACAUCCUGAAGGCAUUGGAGAAUCCGUUAAAAGUUGUGAGGGACGAAAGUUCGGCCUCAGCACGGCUUAGGGCAACCUCUUCUAGAGGGUCUUGGAAUGCUGCAGUAUUUGGUAGCUGGCGUCACAGCACAUCUGAUGUAGCAGCGAUUCCAGCAACUUCCUCCGCAAGAGGAGAAGGAGGGAGUAGCAUGAAACAAGCCGGAACCCCAGGUUCACAGGGGAGCGGUCACGAUGGCGGAGGUGAACAUUCAUCCUCAGGUGGAAGACAUUCUAAAGAGAUUUUUCCAGUACUAUCAGACGUGCAAGAUGUAGAGAGACAGGAACAGGAUUAGAGAGUUGUUGAUUGCCAUUCAUUCUUUUGUCAAUAAUACAGCAGGCUUCCCAUUCGAGUGCCUGCUCACUGGUACCCCAAUGAAGCCGCUCCGGGGUCUCGGAGCAUUUCAACGAGACAGGCAAAACAAUUAUGGAGAUUUUGUCAUGGGAGCAGCUGUAUUAAUUUGUUGAUGAAUCCAGUUGGAAAGAUCAAGAAUACAGGAAGAGGGGUGCCAUUGAAGAUUAAAGUUCAAUUUUUUUUUUUGGUUUGACAGCUUGUUUUUGGUAAACAAGCUACCAUUUUUCAAGGUCUAAUUGAUCCUUGUUUGUGGUUCUCAUGCAUUGUAAAUUGGAAUUGUUUAAAAGAAAGUGAAUUUGAUGAGCAUAUAUGAGUUGAAAAUUAAAUAGGAAUCUUUAUUUAAGUAAACUAA